AUGGUUCUCUACCACAACCCAUACUCUAAUAUGUUUCCAUCGGGAGCCACAGCCACUCACCACCGCCUCCACCCCACUGUCACCACCACAUCGACGCCGAGCUUCAGCUUCGUGUCCGCGUCCACCACACUGUCCGCCAUCGACCAGACAUGCUAUCCGUUGUACACCAACAACAGUAACGGCAGUCCCGGCGGGCAGACGGUCGCCACGCUGUCCGGUGCCACACAUCUGGGCUUAUCCUCAUCGCCCACAUCGCCGUACGGGCAGGAUAUCGGAGCCCCACUGCCGCCCAUGCCUGCAGAGGUUCUUCAGCCACCGCCGCCACCACUGGGCGCCCCUCACCCUAACGCCUGGUACUCAAUACAGUCCUCAAUGGGACCGCAACCGGGAUGUGCGGGCAGGGGAUCGAUGGUCGCCGCGUCGCCCUUCGAUGAAUGGCCCGCACCUAACACUGGGUCUCCCCUAUCAGGGGCCAGUCCGUGCAUAUCUGGUUCACCCGUCAGUUCGCUGCCACCCUGUGCGUUCGCGGCCAUGCCGUACGCCCAACAGCUUCAAGUGGGUCCCUAUCACAGCGUACACCGGGCCGACCCAUACAGUGAACACUUACACCAUAUCCCGCAUCACUAUCACUCACAUCCCUAUCAGAACUCUGGUAUAAUCGCUCCGAUGAGCAGUGAGGCGACGCCUGUCCAUCCCAGCCCCGACUCCGGGCUCACGGCGUCGAGUGAUGGCACGGAAUCGCCGAACGGUCACCAAAACGACAGCAACGCUAUGACCACAACACCGAACGGAACUGUCAUCAAAAGCGAGAACAACACGAACGGCGCUAAUCGGCCCCAACCGGCCCGCAGUCCCUACGAGUGGAUGAAGAAGCCGUCCUACCAGAACCAGAUCAACCCCACUAAAACAAGAACUAAAGACAAAUACCGAGUGGUUUAUAGCGAUCACCAGCGCCUGGAGCUCGAGAAGGAGUUCCACUACAGCCGAUACAUAACCAUCAGAAGAAAGUCAGAGUUGGCCUCAUUGCUGGCCCUUUCGGAACGGCAGGUUAAGAUUUGGUUUCAGAAUCGAAGAGCAAAAGAGCGAAAACAGGCGAAGAAGAGGGACGAAGUGAUCCGCAAAGACCACCACAACAACCAGAUU